AGUAGUUGCAGUGGCUUCUUCAGUGAUGGGUCUAGUGACAAAGGUUACAAGGUUCGGAUAUUGGGAAGAGGGAGGUAACGUUGCCGCUGUGGUUAUGGUGAACAUUAUUGUGAAAGCAAUUUGCGAAUACAGCCAAUCUCUGAUCCACAAUGUAAAGGAGGAAGGGAGGAAUAUGCAUUUGAAGGUUGUUAGAGGUGGUAGACACGUUGAGGUUUCAAUAUGUGAUAUUGUUGUUGGCGAUGUUAUUCCCCUUAACAUUGGUGACCAGGUCCCUGCUUAUGGUAUUUUAAUCACUGCGCAACCCCUCUCCAUAGAUACCUCACGUGUGAAUGGAGACAGCAACAUUGUAAGCCUUCAUGCUUCUUCUGGAGCCUCUCGUUUAAAGCCUGGCUCGAAAAUAGCGGAUGGGAGUGGUACCAUGCUGGUAACGAGUGUUGGAAUAUGUACUAAAUCGGAACUUUCACAAGAGAUCGGUAACAAAAGAACAUUCAAGGAGGUCUUGAAAGCGGUUGCUACUUCCAUUGGUAAUGUUGGACUUGCAGUAGCUUUUAUUGCCAUGAUGUUCCUUUUGCUCAGGUGGUUUACUGGCCAUAAUUUAGAUGGAAGUCCCAAGUUCAUCGGGGUCAAGACUAAACCUCGAGACGUCAUAGAAGAAGUCAAUCAAAUUAUAAUCGCUGCUUGUACUAUUGCAGUGGCUGCCGUACCUCAAGGGCUUCCCUUAGCUGUUACCUUAAUCAUUGUCAGCGCAACAAAAAGAAUGGUGGCAGAUAACGCCUUUGUACGGAGGCCAAUUGCUUUUGGAAACAUGGCCUUUGCUAAAAAUCUCCUAUGUGACAAGACUGGAUUGACUUUGAACGAGAUGUCUGUGGUUCAGGCUUAUGCCGGUGGGAAGAAAAUCGAUCCUUCUGACAAUAAUACGCCGUACUUGUCUCUGAAGCUAUCAUCUUUACUUACUGAAGGAAUUGCGCAGAACACAUAUGUGCCUGAGAGUGGUGGUGUUGAUGUUUCUGGAUCAGCCAUUGAAAAGGCAAUUCUGCGUUGGGGAAUCAAGCUUGGAAUGAAUUUUGAAGACAUCAGAUCUCAGUCUUCAGUUCUUAAUGUGGUCCCUUUCAAUUCAGAGAAAAAAAGAGGCGCCGUUGCACUUCGAUUGCCCGACUCUCAAGUUCGUGUACACUGGAAAGGAGUUCCUGAAAUACUCUUGUGUUCAUGUACAAAGUAUAUUGAUGCUAAUGAUCAUUUGGUAGCAAUGAAUGAUGAUAAGCUAAUGUUUUUUAAGAAAGCUAUUGACGAAAUGGCUGCUGGAGGUUUGGAUUGUCUUGCUAUUGCAUAUAGAUCAUAUGAAUUUCAAAACGUUCCAACAGAUCCUGAACUACUAGCUCAGUGGGAAUUACCUGAGGAUGACCUUGUUUUACUAGCUAUCGUCGGAAUAGGGGAUCUUUCUCAACCAGGGGUCAAGGAGAAGGUGCAACUAUGCCAGAGGGGUGGCGUUAAGGUACGCAUGGUUACUCGUGACAAUCUUCCAACUGCGAAAGCAACUGCUUUGGAAUGUGGCAUAUUUGAUUCUGAUGCAGAUGCUAAUAUGCCAAAUCAUCUCUUUGACGGAAGAGUGUUUCGUGAACUGACUGAUGGGCAAAGACAAGAAUGUGCUCAGAAGAUUAAGGUCAUGGCAUGGUGUUCCCCCGAUGUCAAGAUUUUGUUUGUGCAAGCACUGAAGAAAAUCAGAGAGAUGGUUGCCGUCACUGGAAAUGUCACCGACGAUGCUCAUGCACUACAUCAGGCCGACAUUGGUUUUGCUAUGGGUAUCCGAGGGACUGAAGUUGCUAAAGAGAGUUCGGAUAUAAUUAUCUUGGAUGAUAAUUUUGCUACGUGUGUAAAGGCUUUUAAAUGGGGGCGAUCUGUACAUCCAAUUAUCAUCAAGUUUAUGCAGUUGCAGCUUACAGUCAAUGUUGUAGCACUAACUACCAAUUUCAUGGCUGCAGUUUUCUAUGGUCACGUCCCAUUAAAUGCUGUUCAGCUUCUCUGGGUGAACCUACUCAUAGUAGCUCUUGUACCACUAUCAGCGGUUACUAAACCUCCAGCAGAUGAACUGACGUCGGGACUCCUUAUCGAACCUGGACAACCUGUUAAAAGAUAUGUAAAGUGGAAGAAACUGCUUUUUCAGGGCGUGUACCAAAUUGUUGCCAUUCUUAUCAUCAAUUUUCAAGGACGGAGUUUACUGAAAAGUUAUAACCGCAGUCAUGCCAUCAAAGUGAAGAACACAAUGAUAUUUAAUACAUUUGUUGUUUGUCAAAUUAUACAUCAAUUGGGAGCUCGAAAGAAGGGUAUGCUAUCGAAGCCUAAGAAGUGGAUUACUUCAAACUAUCUCUUUAUGGGAAUAGUGGGAACAAUCCUCAUAAGUCAGGUUAUUAGAAAUAUUUAG